AUGCGAAGAGAGUUUUCAAGCAUUGAAGCAAAGGUUGACUACUGCACCCGUGUUGACUAUAAGAGUUUGAAGUAUCUCUUUGAGCAAAAAGAGUUGAAUAUGCGUCAGCGGAAGUGGAUGAAGCUUCUGAAGGACUAUGAUUUUGAAUUGAAUUACCAUCAUAGAAAAGCGAACAUUGUGGCGGACGCCUUGAAUCGGAAGUCUUUAUAUACAGCUUGGAUGCUGCUGCGAGAAGAAGAGUUACUAAAGGCUCGUCAAGAUGGUAAAGCGUUACGUAAAGUAUUCCCGACAAUUGAACAGGAAAGACAGUGGAGAGUGUCAAAAGGUAAGGAUGGUUUAUGGAGGUUCAAUAAUAGGAUUAUUGAGCUACAUAUCAGAGACCUGCGACAAAGCAUCUUGAAGGAAGCUCAUAAGAGCGGGUUUUCAAUCCAUCCAGGAAGUACCAAAAUGUAUCAAGAUCUGAAAGCGAUGUUCUAG